CAAUGUCAUAAAUCGCAAAAUAGUCAGCGAGAGAGGUCGAUUUGUUCGAUGGACUUGCUUCGCGUUCGUGAUUCUGUGAUCAUUAAAUGAAACGUGAUUUGCAGCUACAGCAUACAUUCCUAACCAGAGGAAUGUAGAACUAGGAAAUCAUCCCUAUUCAAUUAUCAACACCUAGUGUAUUGUUGAAUAUUACUGUCUGACUAAACUCACGUCCUGCCUGGCCCCAUGCACUGAUUGCUGCUUCCUUACGAAAUAAUGAGGCGACUUCGAGCACCGCAGUUGCCGCUGGGUCGCGUGGGGUGAGGCGAUGGGCGCCCUCGGCGCGGGCGGCGCGCUGCGGCGCUCGCACGCGGCCGCGCUCACGGCGCUCGCGGCGCUGCUGCUGCUGCUGCUGGCUCGGCACGCGCCCGCGCCGCCGCCCCGCCCGCGACCCGCACACCCCGCGCCUCCGCCAGCUUCGCCCCCGCACACGGACGCGCUGCCGCCCUCGCAGCCGCUCGUGGACACCACCAAGCUCGAAGCGUCUAAGAUUGAAUCCCCCAAGAUUGAGUCUACGGUACGCAUCAUUCCUCCCGUGGUCACACAACCCCGCAACGUCACCGCUGCACCGUCAGUGGCGCCCCCCGCCCCGCGCCGCGACCCGCGCGUCGUGCUCACGCGCGACAUGUACGUGGCCGGCCACGAGCGCCCGCACCCCGAGCUGUGCCCCGCGCUCGGGGCACAUUUACGCCUGCUGAUACUGGUCACCUCAGCGCCUUCUCACUCCACCGCGCGCGACGCUGUCCGCCUCACCUGGGGCCACUACGCGGCGAGGCGAGACGUCGCGAUGGCCUUCGUCCUCGGCUCUCCGCCAGAGUCCAUGCGAGCCGCACUCGAAGCCGAAGACUCCUUGUACGGCGAUCUAGUCGUCGGCCGCUCCCUCGACUCCUACUCCAAUCUAACCCUCAAAACGCUGUCGAUGCUCGAGUGGGCGGACACGUACUGUCCCCGCGUCGCGCGGCUCCUCAAGACCGACGAUGACAUGUUCAUCAACGUCCCGCGACUUUUACGCUUCGUGGCCGCGCACGAGAAUUCGACGCGCACAAUUUGGGGCAAAGUCGUGCGGAAAUCGCUGCCUAAACGCACGACGAAAUCCAAAUACUACGUCUCUCCGCUGCAAUUCCCGGGCAAAGUGUUUCCCGAUUUCGCAACAGGUCCAGCGUAUUUGAUGACUUCGGACGUGAUUCGGCCGCUGUUGGAGGCGGCGCCGAACGAACCCUACCUGAGAUUGGAGGAUGUUUUUAUAACGGGGGUGCUCGGGGCGCGGUUGGGGAUGAAGCGACAACACGCAGCGGAGUUUUACAAUAAGAAGGUGGCGGCGCAUCCUUGCGCUGUGCAACGCGGCAUCGCCAUACACAUGGUUCAGUACCACGAGCAAUUCGACCUGUGGCGUAAGCUGCUAGACGGUAAAACGAAAUGCGCCAGCUAGCGGCGAUCGCGGCCGUAAAAUCACUCACUGCGUGUCGAGUGAUUGAUUACGUUGAAACAGUUGAUCACUAAGUCUAGGAAAAUGUAGACUUUUAGGUAAAUUUAAAUCUUACCUAAGUAUUUAUUAAGUAAAUUGCGAUUUCAGUAUAUGGUUACUAUCAUAAAUCACGAUUUGAUCUGACUAUAGCGAAGAUAUGUUUGAUAUAUUUAAAAUAUUCGCUUCGAUUGAACAAGGCUACACGUUUAUUGCGUACGAAUGAAUAAGUAUAUUUUGUGGUUCGUCUCAAAGGUGUGAUAUUAGAAGGACAUGAACGUUUUCAUAGAAAAUACCAGUAAUAGUCACAAGAAAGGCAGCGGACAGUAGUUUUAGAUUACUCGUGCAACUCUGUGAAUCUCCAUUUGGUACAACUAAGUUACAAAUAAUAAUUAUUUUGUAUAUAACAUGUAAUAUAUGUUUUACAAUUUUUGAGCUCUCUUAAUUAAGGAUCUGCUAUUUUUUUGUAAAAAUUCAAUUUUGAUAUGAUAGAAUGAAUGAAACAAAAGUUGACUUCCUUUUUUGUACAUUUGAUUGUUAAAUGAGAAAAAAACGAUUCGUAGGUGAAGCACCUUGACUCUACUUCAAAAUUGACAUACCUACCGAGCUAAUACUACUGAAUUUUGAAUACUCCAUUGAUAGCCCUCCAAUCUAAAGUAAGUACCUAUAAAUAUAUUUUUUUCAUUUUAUAUUUAAUAAACUAAAGAUUUGAUAAACAGUAUCAAAAAAUGUGACUCAACAAAAAUCAAAAGUACACCGAAUCGUAAAGAUUUUCAAGCCUUUUACUUUUCUUAAUAUUUUUGUAAUUUUAGAGUUAUGUCAGGUCUCGUUCGUUGAAACUGAAAACCUUUUCGAACAUUGUUAGAAGUUUUUUACAAGUAUUAUUUUAGAUGAUAAGAAUUUUGGAUAGAAGCAGGCGUUACUUUGCGGAAGUUCAUCAUGAUUAUAUAAUGAUUUAUUUAUUUUGCUACAUAAAUAAAUACAAAUACAACAUAAAUUAGCAGCUUUCCAUAGUUAUGUUCAUAGACUGAUGUCCAUUCCUCUAACUAGGGAUCAGUAUAACAAGGAAUUAAAUAUAAUAUAUCGCAUGGCCAUUUCGAAUGGAUACAACCCGAAUAUUGUGAAUAGAAUAAUCAAUAAGAAACAAUUAGUGUUGAUUAGAAAAGAACUUUAUGGCAUUCCAUUAGAAAAACCUAAAAAAUUUAAAGCUAGUCUAACAUACUUUGGUCCAGUGUCGGAACGUAUUGCAAAAACACUUAGAAAGCAUGAUAUAAAUGUGGCUUUCAGAACAAAUAACUCUCUUAAAAAUAUUUGCAAUGGUAAAGAUAAACUAGAAAAGCAACAUAAAUCGGGAGUAUAUAAAUUGCAAUGUUCUGAAUGUAAUGCAACAUAUAUUGGUCAAACCGGUCGGAAUUUUGAUACACGUUACAAGGAACACAUAUCCGCUGUUCGAAAUGACCGUCCACAAAGGUCGCACUUUGCAAAGCAUCUCCUAGAUACUGGUCAUAAGCUGGCAGAUAAUCAUAUAUAUGACAUUUUACACACUUGCAAUAAAGGCCUACGACUAUGCGUUUUGGAACAAUUAGAAAUAAUAAAACAUAAUAAGUCAGGAAUUACCCUAUUAAAUGAACAAAUAGAGUUAUCGAAGUCACCAUUAAUAAAAAUGUUUGAAUGCGAUGCAAGAUAAAUCGCUUAUAUUAUGAGUAUCUUGGCAACGCCCACCUCUUGCCCCACCUACUUUUUGGUCUAUAAAAGACGAAGCAAAGGUCGAAAACGACACUUUGCAAUUGCACGUUGUAGAGUCAACAUCUCCUGAGGAUCCUCCGGUUUCGGGGUGAAACGUACGUAGAGAGUAUUUUGUCGGACCUGGGUGACGUUGUCGCAUGGGUUCGCCGAAUUUUCGCGGAUGAUAGCAAAAUAAAUAAAUCAUUAUAUAAUCAUGAUAAGAAUUUGUUUUUACGGAUUGAGACGAUAAACCCUGUGAAUUUGGUAUAGGUGGUUAAUAAAGAUGACGAAUUGAUGGGCUGUCUAGUUGGAUAUGCGGCUUUACUAGAAUUACCUGAUAUUAUUUUUGUACUUUUUAUUAUACGAAUUAUAUUUUUGUAUUACUUUCUUAAUAAAUCAAUUUGUAUUAUUUUGUAGAAAGGCCGUCUUGGGUCUGCGAAUGCAUCUUGCAAUGGUCUGUAUUAUUAUUAAUUGUAUUAUUUAAUUCCAGUUUAUACAUUUUGUGAACGUGCGUUUGUUUCUAUUGUAGUAGCAAAAGAUACUCUUAUUUGAAUAAGUUUUUAGACAUUUAAAGUAAGACUGCGUAUUAUUUAAUAAUUCUCAUUUAUUAUUUAAACAAAGCAAUGAGUCGCUUUUGGUCAAUCGUGUGACUGAUUGCAAUCGUGACUAAAAGGGUGCAAAACUGACAAAAAUCUGCAAAAGUGCAUUUUAGUGAAUCUCAACCUUGUGUUUUAAACCUUUGUAAAAAGUAGAUUUACUCCAAUCUACAGUAAAAGUAGAUUUAAUCUGAUACAUCGGUAGCGCUGUUACUAUAUUUUUUUCUAAUAAAUGUAAAUUUUGGCAGUUUUAUUCGCAGCAAAUCGUGAAAAUUGUUUCUUAACACUUUACACUACUAUACAUAAUAAUUAGAUAAGGAUGUUUUUUUUUAUUUCAUACUUUUCUGGGACUCGAUAAUGAUAAAAUCUCAAUUACCUAAGAUCUGUUGACGAGUGUUCCAGUUUUCUUUGGUGUAUAUUUCACGAACAAUGAUACAAAUGAGAUUGCCAUAACGAAUUGUACAAGAUUGCUUAUAAAACUAAUAGUAUAUAGCAAUGUAUAUCGACAAAAUGGUUUUCUUGAAGCUGACAUUUAUUUGAAUUUAAUCCAUCGUCUGAUAAUCUACUUUAGAAAGUUUCGAUGACUCCAUAAUAAUUCGCUCAAGCUCUCGUGGUGGCAGCUUUGAUAUUCUUACACGUUUAAAACUAUAAUUUAGUUUUUAUAAGUAAUUUUGUACACUAAGGAUAAUGACAUUAGUAAAUAUUAUUUAGAAGAGUUAGACUCUGUGGCGAUAGAUGUCGAGGAUCACUUGUCUGAGGCACGGACGUAUUAUAAAGUCUGGUCAGGAGGCCAAGCUUUUUACGCACUGUCGAGUAUAAUAUCAAUUUUAUUCAAUUAACAAUUGAUUGUUUUUUAAGAGAUCACUGUUAUCGACAACCCUUUCUACUUCAAUAUAAGGUACUUAUUUGGGGAAGUUAAUAUCAUGUAUUUAUGCCAAAGUGUUUCUUUGCUAUUUGCCUAUACUUAGGUAGAUAUUUUGGUCAAAUCAGAACAUCUGUCGAAUAUACAUACUUGUGUUUGCCAAAAACUGGCUGCAAAGAUGUCAUCCUAAAAGAGAUACCUACCUACUGACUUAGUUAUCCUUUUCUUUAUCUUCCUAGCCUAUAACAUAAAAGUUGUCUAUGCACUAAGAACGUUUAUUCACUAUAACACCAUCUAAAGCAUAAUUUGUCAUUGUAGAUUUUUUUACUUUUCAGUAAGUUAGCUUUUUUCGGUAUAUAACGAAAACAUCUACACCGAGGGGGGAGAUGUUUAAAUAUAUAUUUAAAUGCAAAGCAACCAAAAUCUUAGGACUUUUGUAUUUGACUUGGCCUUUCAGUUGACUUGCAUUUUCAAAACACUGCUCGUCUAAAUACCCCCUUAAUUUUUAUUGCAGUCAUGUAGUGAUGGAAAUAAAAGCUUGCUAUAUUGAAUUGUAGACUGAGCUGUAUAAAGAAAGAUAGAGUGUAUGUACCUAAUAUACUUUUAUUUUAGUUUCAAUGUACAUAUAACACAUACCUUAACAUUAAAUGUUUUGUUUAUUGAUUUCGCAUCUAUACUAAUAUUAAAAAGCUGAAGAGUUUGUUUGUUUGCUUGAUCUCUUAAAUCUCGGGAACUACUGGUCCGAUUUGAAAAAUUCUUUUAGUGUUAGAUAGCCCAUCGAGGAAGACUAUAGGCUAUAUAUUAUCCCCGUAUUCCUACGGAAACGAGAACCACGCGGGUGAAACCGCGCGGCGUCAGAUAGUCCUUCAUAUUAUCAACACCUGCUCGGCCAUGACCUGGACACGCCCUUCACACCCAUCUCUAAAGUUUCAAAGUGCGGUAAGAAGCUUAGCCUCAUACCUUCGUACAGUUGUAACGUACAGACCUACGUAUUUUAAGUCACACAUGGCAUAUGUAUGCAUCAGUUUGAAGAGAGCCUUGUGUCUAGUGUAAUUUGAGCCUCAUCAUGUCUUAGUUGCCAAAAAAAACAUAUUGUUUGAUAAAUUUAAAUAGUAUUUGUAGACAGAAUGAGGCUCACUGCCGCCUUGCACAUUGCGCGUUGAGGAAGCGGCGCACGCUUGGAUACAGAAUAGUGAAAAGUAGCUUACCAACGUAAUAUUACCUUUCUUAUCAGUACGGUAAAUGAAUGAUAUCAAAUUCUACAGAUUUAUACAAACUAACCUUUUUUCAAUAUGUUCAAAUUCAAAGUUAGCUGGCAAAAUCGAUUUUGUCAGAACGAAUUCUUUUGGUACGGUUGACAUUUCGCCAUGUUAGAUUUAAUAUGACGCGAGUAAUACGUUAUAUUACUUAGAUAAGGUGAAAUAAACAGCGUCCUAACAUUUACAAUUACGAAAAUAAGCUUGGAUAUAUUAUUCUUUAAAAUGUGUAAUUAAUUAUUUUUCAUUAAUUUAUAAACCUGACCAGAAAAAUAAACCGCCAUGUUGGAGGAAUAAAAAGGAACCUUGCAUACUAAGCACAGAUUAAAAAUAAGUACUUGUGGCGCCUAUUGUACACUUAUUACAACCUACCUCCUGUUGUAAAAAGCUGUUCCAAACAAAAACCUGGUUGAAGUACCUGUUUGCUGCAGCGCUAAAAUAUUAGUUUUACCCAUACUAUUAAAUGAUGCAGCGCUAGAUCGUUUAUAUAGUAUUGUUUUCUUGCGACUAAAACGUAAGCGUCAUGAAUUAGCAAGAAACUAUGGAGCGCUCACUAGGGACUAUCACCGCAGUUGACCGGAAUAGUGAUGGACUUAGUAGUGUGUUCUCUAGUGCUUAGUACCUACAUAUUAUAACUCAAUGGUGGCGCCCUUAUUCCAGGUUUUUUAUAUUUCUGGUUAGGCUUUGCGAACACUUUGCCAUUCAUUAUUCGAGCGGGUACGUUUUUUGCGCAUUGAGUGACAGCGUCUUUUUCAUUUGGAAGGAAACGUCGCUGACCACCGUCAUUCCUGACAGUUUAUUCAUGGAAAAUAACAAAAGCGAAAGUGACCGAUCAUCAAUGAAGGGGUUCGUAGACUAUUACUAUUAUUUUUAAGAUCGGACGCCAUUUAAAAAUAUUAUUAUUGACCAGUGAAUAUAAUGACCGUAUGUUGAGAAAUGAAUAGAUAACUGAUUUGCUUGCCGUUGCCAAUCAAUAUAUUUUGACGUGAUUUUCAAAUGACAAUACUGAACUAUUUUUGCAUCAAUAUAUUUUUUAGCUAAAUGGUUACUUAAAUAAUUUAUAACAUGAGGCUGUAACUUUGUGCCCACAUAAAGUUCAUUUUAUAUUUUUUAAUAAAAGCUUUAAAAUAUAAUAUUGAAUGAUAAAUAGCCCAACUUGUUUGACCCGUUGUUGGGAACCGAAGAAUGGCACGCGUUCUGCUACCGAAUAUCGUAUCGACGUCUCGAUUCUUCAGAGUCCACGCAUAAAUUGUUUUCUUUAUUACUAAUCAUCUAUUUUGAAAGAAAUCAAAAUGGAGUGAAUCAUCCACAUCUUUAUCGGUAUAUCUUAGAAGGUAAUCCAUAAAUAUGUUUUAUUUAUGGAUUUAUUUAUUAAUUAUUGCACCAAACAAAAAAAUAAACUAAAAAAAAAAUUCUCCCAGAAAACCUUUGAUGAGAGCAAUCGAUUAAGGUAAACGGGUUGGUUGGUGGUAGAAUAAAAUGGUGAUGCAGUGGGGAAGAUCAUUUCAUAAUAGCAAUUUUUUACUAACUUACACGGCAUGCAAACGGCAGGUACCGUUGAAUGAUAAAUAUACCACUAAGGUUGCGACGUGACCUUCCAAUGUUUAAGUAGAUAAUUUUAAUCUAUAGUAUUCCAUUGUAAGCAGAAAUUAAAUGAUGAUGUUAUAAAAUUGUACACAUUUAUAUUUUUUGUUCCUUGUCUGAAAUGUAAAAAUCUUCGUAAAAUAUACUCUUGCAUAAACUGAUACAA